CAUCGCUAAUACAGUGAUAACGCGAACCCUGAAGCUAGGAAAAGUAUUCGGGUUAUAAUAAUUAUAUUACAGAUUUAUUUUAAGAUUUAGCUGCGUUUAUUUGCUAUUUAUGAGUCUGGGUGAUUUAUCUGAAAGUGAGGGUGAUGUCUCAAACAGGACAGGACAGACAGGCUCAUGGUGAGAGUGUGAAGAAGGAUGAUGGACGUGCUGAUGGAUCAGAGGAGUGUGUGAGGAGGAAGAAGAUGAAGGAGGAGGAGGAGGAUAAUGAUGAUGAAGAUCCUCUGCGGGGUUUAGUCCUCUCUCCUCACACUGUACUGGAUGAAGCUCAUCACACAGGCAGGUUAAAGUGCUCCACCUGCGGCUCCUCCCGCCUCCUCUACUGCUACACCUGCUGCUGCCUGGUGGGACUCAACCCUCAACUCAUCCCCAACGUCAAGCUUCCUGUAAAGAUUGACAUUAUUAAACACCCGAAUGAGACGGAUGGGAAGAGCACCGCCGUUCACGCUAAACUCAUCGCACCGGACCAUGUUUCCAUUUACACGUACCCCUGCAUCCCUGAGCUGAACACACACAAUGUGGUUCUGGUGUUUCCAGGUCCAGACUCCAUGACGGUUCAGGAGUUGGCGGAUUAUAUCAGUCAGAACAAGAGGAAAAGAGGAGCAGAGAGAUCGGCUGAGGAGAGAGACACCAAGAAACCCAAGCUGGAGGAGAUGAUCAACAGCUCACACUCGCACACACACUCGCACACACACACGUCAGAGAACACGGAACACACACAGGAAGACACCCGUCCGGUUCAGAGGGUCAUCUUUAUCGACAGCACCUGGAACCAGACCACUAAAAUCAUUUCAGACGAACGACUACAAGAUUUGCCACGUGUGGAGCUGAAAUCGAGGAAGACGUGUUUCUGGCGUCACCAGCGAGGAUCUCCCGACACGUACUUAGCCACCAUCGAGGCCAUUUAUUACUUCCUGAAGGAUUUCCACAUCCACUGUUUAGGGAGAGAGUAUAGAGGAGAGUACGACAACCUGCUCUUCUUCUACAGCUUUCUACACAAACUGAUCCGAAAAGCCAAACAGGGCAGAGUGUGAGGAGGAGAACACACACACACACACACACACACAGACACACACACACACACACCCUCUCUCCAUGAUCAGUGGUGUUUCAGUACUCAGUCCUCCACAGUAAAUCCACUGUACACUCACCUGCCCUCUCUCUCUCCC